AUGCAUCAACAUCCACGAUCGCCGUUGCCGGCAAGGCGGCCAAGCGUAUCCGCGCAGAGUUCAGCGAGGGGCGAUGGCUCGAGAGACCAGGAUGAUAAUCUCCCGCCAUCAGUUCAGUCGUCGGACGCAACAAGGGGCCUGGGAAUUGACCCUGGAUCCGAUACCCCAGCUCCAGGAAAAGAAGCUAUGGCAAAGCUCAAUCAGAUCAUAGCUAACUAUCACACUAAAGCCGCGUUGAUCAUACUCCAUGCGAGAGCUGACCUUCCGCCCACUUUCAGCAAAGGAUCCGACUCACCAAGAGUUAAUCGUUGGUUCAAUGUAGACCUGGACGAAACCGAUGAAUAUCGGGACAGUAUACGGAGGUGGAGAACUUGCGAUGCCACCGAUAAUAGACCGCCGCCCAUGAUAAUCGAGACAUAUCUUGACGUAAAGUCCUUGACAAAUAGUCAAACCCUUGUUCUCAUCGAUGAAAAUGGAAAACGUUGGGAUGUGGUGGGUGCUUUGGCCGCAUCGCAGAAUGCUUCGGUGAGGGCCAAACCAAAGGAAGUCGUUUUGGAGAGAUGGAAGGUUGAGCUGGGCGCAUUGUCAACUAGGCCGCCUCCUGAUUUAGCCUCUAUAUUACCUACGGUCUACAAAAAGAGCAUUGUCUUAUUUCGAUCCUUGCAUGCCUAUGCGAGAUUGUUGCCGGCCUGGAAGGUCGUCAAACGGGCUGGGAUUAUGCGUACCAAUCCGGCUCUAAAGAUCAGAUAUCGAAUCCGUGAAGCCCGUGAUGCUGAUUUCAAUUCGAGCUCCGACAGCCUGACGCUGUCUCUACAAUUGGGGAAUGAAAAGGUAGUCGAUACCUAUUCCUUUGGUACCACUGAAUCGCCAGCCGGGCCCUUCUCGGUUCAAGUGACCUAUCGUCUCAAUGUCGACUUUAGAGUUGAUGAUUCGGAAUCACUUCUAAGUUCACGCUUUAUGGGUGCGGAUGACAACUAUUUCCUACCGUCACUACCUUCUGAAGAACCAAGCAAAAUCCUUUCCCAAGAAUCGGGAUCCCUUCCCCUAGGGAGGAGGGGUUUGGCAGACCCUGAUCGUUCCCAGGCUUAUGGUAGCCUCUCGACGUUCCACCAAGUUGGACCCAUAAUGGGCGCCAGUCCCAUAUCGACAUUGCGAGCCGUCCGAGACAUGGGUAGCACUUCGCCGUCGUCAGCAUCUCCUCCACGUAAACUACUAUCUGCUGCCAAAGCCGGCCCUGUAGGCCGCGUAGCUGGGGAGAGUAGCGGCGCUAUGGCCAGACGGCCCUCAAUAUCGAUCCAGCCCUUCAAAGCCCCACCGUUGUCGGCAUCUCCAUCACUUGUCGAUCCACCGCUCGGCGUGUCCCCUCGAACUAGUGCCAGUCGUACAAUAACAUCGUCGAGUUUGAGCGAUCCUCGUACUAUGCCUCCCCCAAUGAUGCCGGCUUCGGCAGGGCGGAAGAUAGGAUUUGAACAGCCUGUCUUGCCAUCAUCAGUAUCAAGCUCCCCCAGGCCUGCUCCUGUGUCAAGGUAUAGUAGCUCUUUUAGCCAUCGGCGUGGCAGAUUAUCAUCUGGCGGCACUACUCGUAUCGACGAAGACAACAUUUCGAGCGGGAAAGCAAGCGCAACGUCAUCUGGUGCACCACCUGGUUCCGGUAUACUGGCAGACCCCAGCGGCGCCAGUGGUGAUUCCUUGCAUACGGAUGACGAAAAUAUCUCGGAAUUCCUAAAAAUGCUUGAUCUGAGAAAGGAUCUCUUGAGCCCUGUGAAGAAGGCCGCAGUUGAUGCUGCAACCCGUAGAACAUCUGCCGCACUCACUCGGUUUCAAAGGAUGCGUGACACUAACGCUGCGCUUUCUGACUCCAUGUCCUCUUCAUUCCAUCUUCAUCGUUCGUCGAGCUCGUCUAGUCGACAACUGUCCAGUGUCCCGCCAAUGGUUGCUGGCACAUCUAUAUCCACAGCUUCAUCUCCUGGCAAACCGGUUUCUCCUCAUACUCCUCAUACACCUGCUAUUCGCUCCCGAUUGGGUUCUAAUAACAUCAUCACUAAUGACAGAGAACGAGAUGCUUCUCCACGCCAAUCAGACGUUGAGCCAGAAGUCACUCCAAGUGACGAGACAACAUAUCAUCCUACUCAACCAGGCGCCAAUGUAAUUGAUAUCCCCACAUCUCCGAGUUCUGGCUUGCCGACUUAUCGGCGUUCAAGCUCUGCUCACAGUCGACGCGUGAGCACUGGGGGAGGGGACGAUGAGGAAAUAUUUCCGUUCGGCAUGCGAAGCGUCUCGUUGGGUGAAGACAGGACUCACCUUAGUCUCAGCGCUCGGAUGCGUCAACAAGAAUACGAGUCGAUAGGCACCAAUACCGGACAGCAAAGCUCAGGAGCGACACAACCAGCGGAUGACACCAAUAAUUCCGCAUUACAAACCUCGUACCCAUUCCGAGAAUUUACUGCGCAGCGUGGAGGCUAUGGAUCCAGUGCCGCUGUCGCUACGUCUGCAUCAUCAAACCAUCCCUAUCAAACCCGCUUCUCCCACAGUCGAGGACGCGGCUCGUCCGGAGGACCGCAAUCACACAGCUCUGCAUCUGGCAGCUUCCCACGGGGUAGUGCGAUACCAGCACACCUCACUGAGCGUGACCGUGACCGUGACAAUAACACAAGUGGAAGCAAUAGCGUCACAUCACUCAUGGAGAACAGGCGUGGAGCUAGUCGUCGCUCCGGCUCUGGACGCUCCCUAGCUCAGCAUACAACGAGCUUCGAGGAGGAUGAGCCGCUACUCUUUGCAAUGAGUGAUUUUGGUGCCUCGCGGCGAAGCCUUGAGGAAGGCCGACGCAGUAGUGUCAGCGGUGAAUCCGGCACAGCCUCGGGAGGAUCUAGAAGAGGCAGUGGACGUCGAGGUGCUGGCAUGCCAGGGUUUCAUCCUUGGCAAUAA